GAGGAGGCUUGUGAUGCUGUAGGACUGCCACUAUAGCCAACACCCUACUGUGAGGGACUUUUAAAGAGACUUUUGGAUCACAAGGGUUUCAGGGUAGCCAACACCCUGCCCCAGGGACAUUUGACAGACAAAGUGCUUGAGAAGAAAAGGAAAAGAAGUCUCCAUCUAGAACUGGUCUAGGAGGCCACUGCAUUUCUGAGAGAUGAGCCGUGUGCUGCAGUGUGCUAUAUUUACUGUGCUCAUGGGACUGUUGCUCACAAGAACCAUGGCCUGGACUUCAAGUGGGAAAACACAUGCUGAGCUACUCAACAAUCUUUACAAAAAUGGAGUGAUUAAAUCUCAACGGGUCUUGGAUGUGUUAAUGGCCACAGAUAGAGCCCACUACACCAAGUAUUUACCAUACAUGGAUUCUCCUCAGUCAAUAGGAUAUAAGGCUACAAUCAGUGCACCCCACAUGCAUGCCCAUGCUCUGGAGUUGCUGAAGGAUCAGCUAGUGGAAGGAGCAAAGGCCCUGGAUGUGGGAUCAGGAAGUGGUUACCUCACAGCUUGCUUUGCUAGAAUGGUGGGUCCCACAGGGAAGGCAGUAGGCAUAGAACAUAUUGAAGAGCUGGUUCAUGAAUCCAUUAGAAAUGUCAGAGAAGAUGACCCAACUCUGCUCACUUCUGGCCGCCUGAAACUUCUGGUUGGAGAUGGCAGGCAGGGAUACCCUGAAGAAGCACCUUAUGAUGCCAUCCAUGUUGGAGCAGCAGCAGACACUGUACCAAAGGAGUUGCUGAAAGAGUUGAAGCCAGGUGGCCGGUUGAUCUUGCCAGUUGGGCCUGCAGGUGCAAACCAGGUUCUGAUGCAGUAUGACAAAACCAGUGAUGGGCAAAUUGUGGAAACGCAACUGAUGGGCGUGAUCUAUGUUCCCCUGACAGAUAAGGAGAAGCAGUGGCCCCGGGAUGAAGUUUGACAGAAUAUCACUUACAAAAUGAUCUUGGAAAGCUCAUGAACCAGGCCCUGAAGAAGCAACUAUAGAUGUGUAUGGCUUUGCUUUAUAAAUCAAUUUUUUUUAACUUGGACACAUCACAAAGGCAUUUUCUGCUUUUUAAAGAACUCAAUACGGAGGAGUGAGAGAAGAAUAUUCCUCCAGAUCAAUCAGCACCCAGUUCCUAAGCUGUAGAGAUCUUGUCUGAUUUCUUCCUGGACUGAGUAAAACCAGAUAAGCCCAGUUGUCCUCUUUGGUCAGCUCCACAUACAAUAUCUAUGUAAGAGAAUGGAGAGUGUGCAAUACUGUUACAGAUUUGAGAAUUCAUCUGUAUUGUACUUGAUUAAAUGGUAGUGCAUUUAUAUUCAUGACUUGCUCAUCUGAUGCCUGAAGAAAAAUUACAGUAUGUAUUUGAUCUGAUUAAUCUUCUAGAUUAAACAUAUUCUUUUCUCAUA